UGAGUGUUUAAUUUGAUUCUGGCGAUUGCGCUUUUCAUAAAUCGGUCGCUAAUAGGAAAUUACAGAGUCUGAUAUAUUUUUUUUCUCUUAAGAUCGCUUUCAUUUUCAAUUUAGUUGGCUUAGAUCUCGAUUAUUAUCACUAUUAGUUUAAAUCUACGAAUUAGGAAGGUUUAUAUGAAUCAACCAAUUAGAAAUUCUUGUCAAUAAUAAUUUAAGUAUAAGGGUUUUUUCAUUUGUGAUAUGUGCUUAUGUUGUUUAUCAUCAUUAUAAUUAUUAUUGGUAGAGUUUCUCAGUGGGCAAUACUUUUGACGUUAAUGUUUUUAUUCUAGUGAUUGUUUUUCAUGUUUCUGUUUGGUUGUUGAGGAGAAGAAAUAAAGGGACGGAUGACUGUUGAAAAAUUGUUGUUUGUUUCAAUUUUUUGUUUUUUAUAGGUGAAUUGCAUGUAAUGUCGUGACUUUUUUUAUAUAAUUCCAGAAAGAAAAAUGUUUUUUUUAAGGUUAUAGGUCAUGUUGUUAUGUAUGACGAUUUGGUUUAUUCAAUUUUGGGAAAAGAGGUAGAAGAAAGGAACAAAUAGUAGCUUGUAGGUGGUUUACUCGUUAUUCUACAUUUUUUCUGCAUUUUCUGGUCAAUAAUAUGUGAUGAUCAAGAUCGUGAUGCUAACGGGGAAAAUCAGGAACACAGCUUCAUACAUGACAACGUUUGACAAUGUUACAUAGUUGUAUCACAACUAAGGAGCUGGGAACUGUUAUGCGUUCAUUGGGGCAAAACCCAACUGAGGCAGAACUCCAGGACAUGAUCAACGAAGUGGAUGCUGAUGGGAAUGGUACCAUUGACUUCCCUGAGUUUUUAAACCUCAUGGCCAGGAAGAUGAAGGACACUGAUUCUGAGGAGGAGCUCAAAGAGGCAUUCCGGGUAUUCGACAAGGAUCAAAAUGGGUUCAUCUCUGCUGCUGAGCUCCGCCAUGUGAUGACAAACCUUGGAGAGAAGCUCACUGAUGACGAGGUUGAUGAGAUGAUUCGUGAGGCUGAUGUUGAUGGUGAUGGCCAAAUAAACUACGAGGAGUUCGUUAAGGUGAUGAUGGCCAAGUGAUCAAGUUAUGUCCAAAAAAUUCUGAAUGAGGAAAUGUUGAUUAUGACGAAAUGACGAAAAAAAGGGGUGGGGGAAGGACUUAGAUUUGAGUUUUGUAACAGUGAUGUAUUAGUUCUUGUCCUUUCUUCUUCCCCACAUUUUUAUUUGGUGGUUUUGAAUCCAAUAUUAAAACUGGAAUUAGUUGUAGCUGUUGUAAGUCCUGCUACUAAAAGCUGUAGUGGAACAUACCUUAGUAUGUCUUGUAAUUUUAUCCAAAAAAAAGUUUGUAAUGUUAAUGUCACUUCAUUUUCUACCA